UGUGUACUCGAUUAGCAAGUGACAACUGUAGCUUUCGCAUUGCAUCGUAUCGCAUUCCUUUUGCCCCGAUUGUUGUUUUUAUUAUUUCAUGUGACUUUCCCCGGGGAUAAUGUGUUUCCUGCGCUUUUUGAUGCAAGCGCGCUCCACGCUUGGCCGCUAUCUGCAAGCUGAGAAGGCAACAGGAAGCGAAACAAAUUUGAGGAAACUGCACAUUGUGCUGGGCAACGAAUCAUGCGAUCUGGACUCCGCCGUUUCCGCCCUGACACUGGCUUUCAUCUAUGCGCAGCGACAGCAGGAGCACGACUUUCUGCCCGUCCUCAAUAUACCGCGCAUUGAUUAUCCCCUCAAGACCGAGGUGCGACACAUGCUCAACAAGUGCGAGAUCGAUGCCCAGUUGCUCUUGUUUCGCGACGAUUUGCCGGAGCAGCUGCGCAGCGACAUCAGCGUCAUACUCGUGGAUCAUCAUGUGAGCAGCACCAGCUUGGCGCCAUUGGUGAGCGAGAUCCUGGAUCAUCGGCCACUGGAUAAACAGCAUCCAGUGUUGCAGCUUCUGCCUACACACUGUGUGCGUCACAUUGAGCCCGAGGUUGGCUCCUGUGCCACGCUGGUGGCCGAGCGCUAUCUGGCCGAGGAGCAGCCACGUUCCAGUUGCGUCAGCCGCCUGUUGCAUGCCACCAUUGUGCUGGACACCAUCAACUUUUCGCCCGCCGCGCGUCGCUUCUGUGCCCGCGAUCUGGCCAUGGUGGAGCUGCUGGAACAGCAGCAACAACAAGGCACCGAGACAACUGUUGACGAAGAUGAAGAUGUGCAGCUACAGCGUCUGCAGCUCUUCGAGGAGCUGGUCGCAGCACGUGCAGACAUCAGUCAACUGUCGCUGGCCGAGGUUCUGCGCAAGGAUGCCAAGCAGCUGCGGACGCAGCGCAACAAUCUGCCGCUCGCCGGGCUGCCGAUGUUGGUGCGCGACUUCAUCGAGCUGCCGGAUGCGGAGUUGGCCAUCCGACAGUUUGCCGGCGACUCGCAACUGUUGAUCAUCCUGGGCAUGUUUGUGGCACCAGGCACGGGGCAGGUGCAACGUGAUGUGGCACUCAUUCCGCUCUCGCCGCCCUGUCCACUCCUGGAGCGAGUGCGUCGUGCUCUGCUGGAUUGUCAGACGCCAGCGCUGCAAUUGCAGCCGCAUGCCGCCGACAGCAGCUUCAUGGGCGGAUGCUUCAUGCGGCAGCUGAACGUGCAGGCGACGCGGAAACACAUCUUGCCCGUGGUCCAGCGUGUCCUGACCGAGUGGGAGGCAGCGGAGGAGGCGACACAGCACUGUGACUGCGACGAUGUCUACUUCUUCAAGGAGAAACCCAAGCUGGGCCUCUCUUAGAGUGUCAAACCAAUAGUUAAUCCGUUGUUAUGUGUGGAUGCAACUCCCAAUCUCCCUCUCUCUCUCUCUCUCUCUCUGUCUGUCUGUCUUUCUUUCGCUAUCUUGCAAAUCUUUUGUUAUUCUGUUAGCCGAAUUGUUUAUGUAUUAAGCACUUAUUUAUGUGUGUGCAUGUGUGUGUGUGUGUCUGUGGGUGGGAGGGUGAGUGAGAGGAGGAGAGGAGCAACUCCCAAGAUAUCCAAAUGUCUGUUAAGCCUUAAUGUAAA